AUGUUCCAUAUCUUUUCUGCUCUUCCAGCCGAACUCCGCUUAUACAUUUGGCGCCUUUCUUUGGUCCAUGUAGAGCCUGUCGUCGGCAUCUCGUGCGUGCGCGGGGUGCAUCCCACCUCUCGCCGCUUUGCGCGUCUUUUUCGCGCCAGUCGCGAGAAUCCUCCACAACUGCGCGUCAGCUGCGAAGCCCGGAAUGAAGCAUUGCGUGUGUACUCGCCCUACUUUGCCACAGAGUAUGUGCCGAACUCGCGCAUUUAUUUGGCUCCGGACCGUGACAUCGUCCGUCUGCCAGACUCUCUCCUCGGAUAUCUCGGUCCUGCCGAGCUGACGGCCAUUCGCCGCCUGACUGUGCAGAUCAACGAUUACAUGUUCUUCGGGGCAUACUGGAUGGAGGUGAUGUGGAAACUGAGCAAUCUGAUCGAACUUGAAUUGGUGGUUGUUUUGAACUUGCCAGUGUAUACCAUCUCGGACGACCUGUUGCAGGCAACGGGGUUGGAUGAUACCGAGACGCACUCACUAGCAAAACUCAAACAAGCCUUUGUCGAAAGUGCCCGGACGAAUCCAGAGUGGAAGCUUCCUAGGAUCAUGGUAACAUCGGACAGUGGCAAAGCAAUAGGCGAGGUCACGGUUCUUCCUGAAGACAUAGAGCAACCGGAUGGGCAAUGA